AUGCGCAGCACCAAGACUCCUCGCCCCGGCGAGCAACCUCUGCUUUCCUCAUAUCACAGUUCCGACGAUGAAGAACGGGGCCGCAGGACACUUCGAGGAGGGAACCGUCGCGGAAGCCCCCUUCCGCUAACCUCAACAUCCUCGGCCCACACACCUACAUACUCGCAUUUCGCCGUCCCAGACUUGACCACGAGUCGCCCGACCCUGAGCCGUCGCAGUACGAAUCAACUACGCUCCCGUAGCCCUACGAGUGCCCGCCUCGAGGCGAAACGCAAGUACACAUACGCUGCCGUUUUCCUGGUCACGAGCUUGGUAUCGUUUGUGGUGCAAACGGAAUUGGCAUCGUACAUACAGCACGACUUGGGAUGGAACAAGGCAUAUGCCAUGCUGUAUUUGACACAUGGAUCGUGGGUCUUUCUCUGGCCACUGCAGCUGCUGUUUCUGCGCCUUCAAAGACGGGAGCAGUCAUGGCAUCAGUUUUGGAACAACCACAAGCAAAUUCUGAGAAAAACAGCCCAGAUGGUGGAACGACAAGAGGUCAGAGUACCCAGGGGAAUGGGCGCUGACCGCUCGCCCUGGCCAUAUCUUGCUCGGACAACAGCAGUGGUGACGACAGCCUUGACCGUUGCUGGAUCGAGUUGGUAUGUUGCCGUCAGCAUGACCACGCCCAGCGAUUUGACAGCCAUCUACAACUGCAGUGCCUUCUUUGCCUACGCCUUUUCCAUUCCCUUGCUGAAGGAACGGCUUCGGCUCGACAAGAUGGUGGCCGUAUUCGUGGCUAUCAUCGGUGUGCUGGUGGUAGCUUAUGGCGGCGGUAGCUCCUCGGAUGAAGCUGGGCAGGCUGGCCCUGCCACUCGCUUUGCCGGCAACAUCGUCAUUGGCAUCGGUUCCGUGUUGUAUGGGCUCUACGAGGUCCUCUACAAACGAUAUGCAUGCCCGCCAGAUGGGACAAGCGCCAACAGGAGCAUGAUGUUCGCCAAUACCUUUGGCAGCUUGAUCGGAGUUUUCACCGUCCUGGUCCUGUGGAUCCCAAUACCGGUGCUCCAUGUGCUUGGAUGGGAGACAUUUGAGAUGCCGACAGGCGAAACCGCCUCCCUCUUACUCAUCAGCGUCUUUGCCAACAUGGUCUUCUCGGGCUCUUUCUUGGUUCUAAUCUCAUUGACGAGCCCGGUCCUCAGCUCGGUUGCCGCACUCCUCACCAUUUUCAUCGUUGCCAUUGUAGAUUGGUGCUUGACCGGCCAACCGCUAGAGGCUCCCGCCAUCCUUGGGGGACUGCUUAUCAUAGCGGCUUUUGCAAUGCUCAGCUGGAGCACAUGGAAGGAGAUGAAUGAAGAAGAACGCAAGGGGCCGGUGGAUCUGAGCAGCGAUAGCGGCGACGAAGACUAG